AUUGCUCUGAGUCGUUAUUCAUAUCGGUAUAACCCUCCAUCUCCAUAUAUAAUAUUAUUUAAUUUUUUUUUUUCUUUUUUUUUAGAAUCGAUACUUAAUAUUAAUUAAAAAUAAUGGCUGAAUCUCGAUUUAGUGGAGCUCUUCAAAUAACAAAUCUAGAUGAUUUUAUAACACCUUCACAGGAAUGUGUAAAACCUGUAGAAUAUAAAAAACGAUAUGAUACUGGUGCUAAAAUAAAAAUACAAUCAAAAGAUUAUGUAGAAAUAAAUAAGAAAGAAAGUGAAAAAUUAGAAAAAGUUGAAAUAACUUUAGCUGAUUGUCUAGCAUGCAGUGGAUGUAUUACUUCAGCUGAAAGUGUCCUGGUAUCUCAACAAAAUCAACAAGAGCUUUAUCGUAUUUUUAAAGAUAAAAAAAAUCAACAAGGAAUUUCAAUACAACUAAUUGUUGUAAGUUUAUCAGUCCAACCUAUUUUGUCACUUGCUGAGAGAUAUAAUUUAGAGCCUGAGGAUACUGCUUUAAGACUUUCUGGAUACUUUAGAAAACUUGGAGCAGAUAUUAUUCUUGAUAUGACUGUAGCUGAUGAUUUAGCUUUACUUGAAAGUGGAAAAGAAUUUAUUAAACGAUACAAUAAUUAUCAAAAAAAUUUAAAUAACAAAGAAAAAGGAAAAGAAAAAGAAAUACCUAUGCUUGCUUCAUCAUGCCCAGGUUGGAUUUGUUAUGCUGAAAAAACUCAUGGUAAUUUUAUAUUACCUUAUAUCAGUAAUACUAAAUCACCACAACAAAUAAUGGGAUCACUUGUUAAAUAUCAUUUAUCACAAUUAAAAAAAAUAUCUCCUGAAAAUAUAUAUCAUGUAACAUUAAUGCCGUGCUAUGACAAAAAAUUGGAGGCAUACAGAGAUGAUUUUUUAAAUAAAUCAAUUAAUUCACGAGAUGUUGACUGUGUAAUAACUUCGAUUGAAUUGGAACAAAUGUUGGAACAGGAAAAUAAAAAAUUAAAUGAUUUUGAAGCAAAUAAAAUAGAUUUACCUUUUGGUGAAAUUAAUUGUUUUAACAAAUCAAAACAUAUUUUUAGUCAUUCAGGUAGUGGAUCUGGUGGAUAUGCUGAAUUUAUAUUUAAAUAUGCUGCCAAAAAUUUAUUUCAAAUGACAGAUGUUAAAUUACAAUUUAAAGAUUUAAAAAAUCCCGAUUUUAAAGAAGCCAUUUUAGAAAAAGAUGGUAAAGUUUUAUUACGAUUUGCUAUCGCUAAUGGAUUUCGAAAUAUUCAAAAUCUUGUACAAAAAUUAAAAAGAGAUAAAUGUUUAUAUCACUAUGUGGAAAUAAUGGCUUGUCCUGCAGGAUGUUUAAAUGGUGGAGCACAAAUAAGACCUCAAAAUGGUUUACCAUCUCGUCAAUUGGUAUCUGUUUUAGAAUCUCAAUAUCGUAAACUCCCAGAGAUAAAUCCUGAAACUAAUUUAUUAGUUAAAAAAUUAUACGAUUCGUGGUUAGAUGGUGAAGAAUCCGAUAAAACUUUAGCACUUGUUCAUACGCAAUAUCAUGAAAUUGAAAAAACAAAUAUUGCCUUGACUAUAAAAUGAUAUGGUGAUAAUCUGAUAAUAGAUAGUGAUUAAAAAUUAACCUGCGUUUAUCAAACCAAAUAGCUUCAUAGCCUUU